CACGAUCAUCAAUUACUCGCACGUUUCUGUCGGUUAAUUUAAUUAGUAUGCUGUUAAUCACCAAGUCGACCUACCUUUCCUUAGUUUCAAUAUUGUAAGUGUACUCGAUAGACGCGGCGUAGUGAGGUUAUUAUUGUUUAUGACUACAAAAUAAGGUUACAUUAACAAAUUAAGUUUGAACAGAAGUCUAUUAAAAUGACGGUGAGACCGCUCCCAGAUGUUUUACAGGAGAAAGCCAAAAAGGAAAUUAAUGAAAAUCCUCGCAGCGUAGAGUCUGAUAUAUCUGCCCUCAAGACAUGGCUUCAAAAACAGCCUCAUUUACUUAACAUAAAUCCAUCGGAUCAAUGGUUAUUGGCAUUUUUACGUGGUAGUAAAUUUAGUUUGGAAAGAUGUAAGGAAAAACUGGAUAUGUAUUAUACCCUAAGAUCUGUGGUACCUGAGUUUUUCUCCAACAGGGACCCGCUUGAUCCGAAACUACAGAAAAUAUUAAAGUUAGGAUCUUUCUUACCGUUAAGAGAAUGUAAGGAGACAGAUGGACCAAGAAUAUGCAUCUUACGUAUUGGGGUUUACGAUCCAUCGAAAUACAAUUUGUCAGACCUUUUAAAAGUUGCAUUCAUGAUCACUGAAAUAAUGAUGCUCGAAGAUGACAACUUCACUGUCUCUGGGGAGGAGGUAAUUGUUGAUAUCAAAAAUGUAGGAGUAAACGUGUUAAGCCAGUGGACGCCAGCGUUGGCCAAGAAAGUGAUCACUUGCUUUGAAAAGGCGCUUCCGGUGCGUCUGAAGAGUAAUCACAUUUUGAACACACCGACCGGCUUCGAAGCCGCGUAUUCUUUAUUCAAAGCCUUCUUGGGUGAAAAAUUAAAGAAAAGAAUUCGGGUACACAACCAGGACUAUGAGGCUUUAUAUAAAGAAAUACCUAAGAGAUUAUUGCCGAAGGAAUAUGGAGGAGAUGAAGGGGAGUUACAAGAGUUAACUGAUUAUUGGGUAAAGAAAGUCGAAAGUUACCGCGAUUGGUUUGUUAAUGAAGACAAAGCCCGAUCAGACGAAUCCAAGAGACCCGGCAAACCUAAAACUACAUCCACUUUAUUUGGGGUCGAAGGCUCAUUUCGACAACUGGAAGUCGAUUAGAUUGUACAAUGUAGCUAAAUUAUUAUUUAUAUUAAUUAAAUGUUUUAUUUAAUACAGUAAAAUGUUAGUCACAUCCUUUGAAAAUGUUUAUUUUAAACUCAAUUGUCUAUAAGUCAAACAAAGUACCUCAACAUAAACUCACCGCGGGUAGCUAGCUAGUUAUAAUAUUGUGAUAGGAGGCCAAAAGAUACUGCAUUAUCAUCAAUAUAUCGUCGGAUAUUAUAGCGCACAGGAUGCAGCAUACUUUUGUGUGCUUUGGUAGAGUCUUUCCCAUUAAAAAAGAGCAGGCUGCAUUUAUUUAAGAUGGUCCCGUAUUGCGACGAUGAUAAAUAAACUAAGAUAAC